GGAGGGAGAAGGAGGAGGGAAGAAGGGGACAGCCGGCCCCAAGCCUUGCUGCUGCCGGCUCCCGGCGGCGCCCGCUCCCCGCAGUGGGAACCGGCGCUGCGCGGCCGCCCCGCCGUGGGAACCGGCCCGGCGGUGGGAACCGACCCCGGCCCCGGACAAGCAUCCUGUGCUCCCCCAGCCCCACAGUGAGCAGCAGUGUGCACCACCCCAGUGCCAGACAGAGCUGGGAGAAAAAGGUACAAUGCAGUUCCUGGCCUGGCUCAAUUUUCUGCUUCUCCUUCCUUGUUUUGUUAUGACCAAAACCUGCUUCCCCGGCUGCCACUGUGAAGUGGAAACCUUUGGUCUCUUUGACAGCUUUAGCUUGACCAAGGUGGACUGCAGUGGAAUAGGCUCACAUAUUGUUCCUGUCCCAAUACCUCUGGAUACCUCUUAUUUGGAUCUAUCAUCAAACAAACUGGAAACAAUAAAUGAAUCAAUGCUUAUGGGCCCCGGAUACACCACCCUGGUGAGUCUUGACCUGAGCUACAACAAAAUUGCCAAGAUUUCCUCCACAACCUUCUCCAGGCUUCGGUACUUGGAGUCCUUAGAUCUGAGUCAUAACUCUCUGGAAGUCCUUCCGGAAGACUGUUUCUCCAGUUCUCCUCUAGGCGACAUAGAUUUGAGCAAUAACAAGCUCUUGGAUAUAGCUAUGGAUAUUUUUGCAUCAAAAGGUCAAGGAAAAUCCCUGAAUGUGGAUCUAUCUAAUAAUAUGCUCAGCACAAUUACAAGGCACCGUGAAAAGAGCAUCCCCAACAUCCAGAAUUUAAAUCUUUCUGGAAACAGGCUAACGUUUGUGCCAAACCUUCAAGGCAUUCCUCUCCGAUAUUUAAAUCUUGAUGGGAACCCUAUAGUUAAGAUUGAGAAAGGAGACUUCACAGGGCUGAAAGAUUUGAUUCAUUUAUCCCUCAGUGGCCUGCGUGGCUUUCGAGAGUUAUCUCCUCAUAGCUUCAAGGAACUCUCAGCCCUUCAAGUUCUGGAUUUAUCCAACAAUCCCAACUUGAGUUCACUGACUGCUGAAGUCAUCCUUGGUCUGAACUCCCUACAAGAGCUCAACCUCUCUGGGACAGGUGUGUCAUCCUUGCCAAAGACUGUGCUGAAAUAUCUGCCUUCCAUCAAAAGCAUCACCUUGGGGAAGAACAUACAGUGUCUUAAGACCAUCAGAGAAGGACAGUACCACCGACAAAUUGGGCUGACCAAAAAAGAAGUGCUCAGUUGCUAUGACAGCCAUGGGUCCGUAGUAGCAGCACCUUAUGUUUCAUGAUGAAAGCUGAGGAGAAGAAGGAGUGGGGCAGGGAGGGUGGGGGGCUAUGGGAUUUGUACAGGUGUCGGACUGAGAUGGCUUGCAGUGUGCCUUUUGUAAAACUGUCAAUAAUUUAUAUAUUUGUAUAUGCCAAUAGUUGAUUGUUUGUGGAUUUUAUAAACUCUCAAAUCUUGGCCCACGUUAUCUGCAGGCUCCAAACUUUACCUGGUGCAUUGUGGUCCUGCACUCGUCACGUUGGCCAAGAGCAGUGAUGCUGGACAUUGGGGGCCAAGCUGCUCUGCAAGUCCUAGGGCAGAACAAUCAGUCUAGGGCAAACCUUCAUGCCUCAGACAUUUGUAGGAGCAAAGCUACAUCUCUCCAAAGCACACGCCAAAAUGUACCAACUCUGUAGCUGCUUACUUACAAACCCACGCAUCAUCCUUUUAUUAAUUAUUACUCCCCAAAAUGUGCCUUCUGGAUGUUGCCCUCAUUAGCAGCACCCUGUUCUUUAUCAUGCACUUUCAGUCUUGAAGAAACAUUUCCAGACAAAGCUAAAUACAGAGUGCUCCUAAUAUGUUGGGGUUUACAUGUUAUUUGCAUAGGUGUGCAAUAAACACUAAGUCGAGAACUUUUCCCACAAAUUUCUUCCUGUUUUCCCAUCCAUAUCCUUUUCAUGUCUAAUUAAGUUAGGUCCAGCUUUGGCAACCUCCUGUCUUUCAAACCUCAGCAAGCCAUUGCUCAGAAAUUUUGUGCAGCAGAGGAAGGGAAGGAGAGGGGCCUGCCAACAGCCCUAUCUCAUCCAGGAACCAGCCUUUGAUGAAGGAGGUUGCAAAGGGAAAAGAUCAUGUAGCCUGACUUAGGGAAAAAAACAAAAAAAAGAAGAGAGAAAAAAUAUCCUUCCUCCCUUUCUGGGAAAGCUUAGAAGGAAACUUUGACAGGGAUUCUUGUCUUGACGACCUUAUCAAACCAAGAUGCAGACCUAGAGGAUAUGAGAGUAAGUUGUUUCCAUGCUGACAUUCCCCAUCUGAACACAACAUCUGCUACUCAUCUGGGCAUAUGUGAGGCAACUUCCAGCGCCAAAACGCUCUUGAGAAUGUGCCAGGGGAAGAAUUAGCACUGGUGUCAGUGACCGUGGAGCACUUUGCUUAUAAGAGAAAAGAUCUUGGAGGUUUUUUCCAGAGUUGUGGCUUUUCUUUCUCUCACAGAGCUACUUGGCUGACAACUGAAAUCUGAUAAAAAGCCUGGUCCUCAAAGGUUUGAUAAUUUUUUCCUCCACUGUUGAAAUGCUGGCAAAGAAAAGUGGAGUCCCUCUGGACCCUCUUCUCCUCCAGGCUAGGAGAGAGUGGGAGAAGGCAGUACAGCAUAACUAAAUGCCAUGCAUGAAGCCUUCAACUUGCUUAUAGGAGCAAUGGAGGUGUCUGCUGAGGUCUGGUGCACAUCUGGCAUGCUCUGUCCUGGGGCAUGGGAAGGGAUGCUGUGAAUGCGGUUCUGCUCGAACUGACCUGCAGUUUGAUCUGUAAACCCAGCCUUGCAUCAGUGUUUGAAACUGAUAUUGGGAGAUCUAUGUAAAGGUGAUACAGAUAUAAACCCAUCUCACAACUGUCCUUGGGAGUGUUGGAAGAAGCUCAUGCUUCAUCCUCACAUACCCAAUGGUCUUUGCAAAUGGAAACCCUGUUGCUCCAAGCAGCUGACUUCAGGGAUGGUUGAAACCCACUGGCUCCAUAAAAGUCGGAGUCAACACCUCACUUUGGAUACUGAAAUCUGUCUCCCACAUUUCCAUCUAUGUCCUUUUCAGUAAUUUGUUUAGAGACCUUAAGGUGGGAUUUUUACUCCUUCCUUCAGUGUUGGGGCUUUUGCCCCUCUACUGAGCCUUAGCAAUGCUCAACCAGCAUUCAUAGUCACAGAAAACAUGUUGAUUUUCUUAAAAAGGCAAUGGGACUGCUUAUUGGCAGAGAUCUGGAGGAAAACAGCAACCAACUGCAGUGCAAGAUGGGAGCAGUUUGUGAGGAAAGAAGUGGAGUUUUUUAGUUGAUCUUGCCUUUUUAAGAUAAUUCUUUUCUGCUGGCAGAAAAUGUAUUUUUUUAAAAAAAGAAAAUUGUUUAAUUUUUUAAGUCUGUACAUAGAAGAAACAUUAGGGGUAUCACCUACUGUCAAAGUUACUGUCUUUGCAGUGCUGUGGUAAAUUUAAAACAAUAUGACAAUCCAAUUGAAGACUGCAAGAUUUCCUUGUGUAAUCCUACGCUAGCUGCUAGCUAAACUAGUCUUAGCAAGAGCUGGCAAAUACUGUUGCUGUGCUAGUUUGGUUUUUUUAAAGAACCUCUGCGGCAUUGUAAGGCUUUGUGAUUACUCACAAUAUAAUAAAGUGGUUUGGAGGAGAAUAAACCCAGAUCCCCCAGGUUUAUUGCUUUAGUGCUGGGAGGGUGACAUCUGUUGCUAAGUCUGAAGUGCAACACAGCGUAUCUCCCUGCUUUGCUUACCCCCACCACUGUCACGGGUUUUGCAUCUCCAAAUUGGGCGCAGGAUUUGUCCCACUGUGUUUGGCUCACCGUGUUCUUCACCGGCAGAAAGGCUUGAGAGCUUCACUGGUUGACUUGAAGGAAAUUAGGAACACAUGGCAAUGAAGCAGCGCAAGAGUACGUCACAAAAAUUCCCUGCUCCAGGAUGUGCUCCAAAGGUUGUAAGAAAAAGUGGAAAUCUCUUCAUGGAUUCAGCCAAUCUGGGACAUGGUCUGCCAGUGUAGAAAGGCUGGAUUUGCAGCAUGGGUGAUGUGGGGAGAGGCCACACACAAGUCCAUGGAAGUGUUAAAAAACAUGUGGAUGUAGUGCUUAGGGACAUGGUUUAGUGGUGGACUUGGCAGUGUUGCAUUAAGGGGUGGACUCCAUGAUCUUAGAGGUCUUUUCCAAACUUAAGGAUUCUAUGAUUCUGUGAGUGUGGAAGGGAGCAAAGGGGUGCAGAAGCGAUGCCAUGGCAGAGGAAGCAGCAGGCUGCCAGACUGCAGAGCUUUCAGUAGUGAGAUACACAUGAUCCAGUCUCAGCACCGUUCUCUGAGGAGUGGGAGCUGCUGCAUGGAGGGCUAAGAGCAUGCAGAGCCAUUGCACAUAAAGAAUAAAUAGAAACCUCUCCAGGGGGGAAUUCCUGCUCUUAAAUAGCAAAUUUAAUUGAAGCACUUCUUGACACUGUGUAUAAAAGUGGUGCAAGCAGAGACUCACUGAGUAAACUGCCCCUGAUAGUUGCAGUGUUCCCGUUGCUUCCAAACGUGAAGGAAGAACUGCAUCUUCCAGCCAGGCAGGCAGAGCUGCAGGCUGCCUGGAAAAAGCUGUUAGCUCUUCAUCUGCUUCCCCAAACUGCGCUGUCCUCCAGGAUGACAUACAAGGUACAGUCAGACUAUAACCUGGGGAGUGAAGUCCCCAGAAGAGGCCAGAUGUUGCUCACAGAACUAUUAUGGACUGUAGGGAAAAGCCACCACCAGCCAUUAUAGAUGACAGCUGCUCUGGUGUUCGCCAUAAGGCUGUGACCAUUAGGCUACACCACCACACUCCUUUUGGAUGGAAUCCCUUCUGCCCUGGGGAGUGGGCUCAGUCAGAGCAGUGGAGAAUGUCUUCCUCUCCUGGGGAGGGACACUGUCCUGCAAUCCAUGGGUCUGAAGCUGUGUUCUCGACUUCCUUGUGAAUGCCACACGUAUAUGAUGCUCCUUGUCCCUCCCAGUACUCCUUUGGGGCCUUGCCUUGACAUCUUAUUUUGCUAGUGAUUUUUAUUCAUUAUUUAAUUAAUUACUCUAUUAAUUAUUUCAAUUAUUGUUAAUUAAAACAUUAUUUUAAUUAUUGUUAAUUAAAACAUUAUUUCA